UUCCAUUCGUAGCUUGGGACGGGAGUAGACACAUUUUGUAAACACACGACUUCUGCUCGGCUUAAAGCUAGUCUCCUUCAGACGUGAUUUCAUAAAAAUCAGCCGUUUUCCCGUCUUGGUCAUUCCUAAUUUAAUUCGUGGGUGGUGUGGUCUCCGGUGGGGUGUGGACUUCCCAAACCUUCACUUUCUCCACAAUCUUAAUUUGGAACAAGCAAUAAAUAAGAAAGGUGGAGUCCACAAAUCUGGAAUUGGGAUUUGGGGUUUAGAAACUUGCAGUCAAUCGGUAACCACUGACAAGAUGACGAAUCGUAUUUAACAAGAGAGAAAAAACUAGAUACGUGGAAAGAUAAGGAUUCAAUGAAGUGAGCUAAAGUGAAAAACCGGCUUGAUCAUCAUCAUCAUUUCUUGUACACUUGAAAACAAUAACCGGCCUUCACAAAGACGAACCAGUGUUGUGCUGUGCACGAGGAAUAAUAAUGCUGACUCCACGGCUGAAUUUUGUCUGAUGACCCAUUGACCAACUUCCCUACCAUAUGUCGCCCGCCGCCGUGUUCCCCAAGAGACUGGCCAGGUACAUCCUAGUCCUCUGCGUCCUCUCCCUCCUCGCCAUGAACUUGUACAUCUCACACAGUGCGAGACAGAAUGGCACUUUCGCAUCUGGCAAUAAAAGCAAGGGAUCUGAAGAUAAGGAUGACCCCAGCUCGUCAGGAUCCAUGAAUGGGGGUGUCUGGGCUGAAAAUGGGCUGUUGGGGACACCCGCCUUCAUCAACGUACCUGAGACUGAGGUCCUAUCCGACGAGGAAAUUAGCCAGAUUGCCAAAGAGAUUGAAACUCUUAACGAUGCUCAGACAAUCUACAACCUCGACAAGUUUGGUCCAGUGGGGCCAGGAACGUUCGUCAUCGUGAUUCAAGUUCACUCUCGUGUCGAGUACUUGUCCCUCUUGGUGGAGAGUUUGAGCCGAGUUCCUCAGAUUGACAACUGCCUCGUGAUCUUCUCACACGACUUGUUCAAUCCCGGACUCAACGAGGCCAUUCAGAGUAUAGACUUUACACGAGUGAUGCAAAUUUUCUACCCAUUUUCCAUACAGCUCAAUCCACACCGCUUUCCUGGAGAAAGUCCGGACGACUGCCCACGAGACAUGCCCGUUGCAAAAGCACAAGCAGCAAACUGUCGGAAUGCGCAACAUCCUGAUGUCCACGGUCACUUUCGGGAAGCGAGCUACACGCAGCCGAAACAUCAUUGGUGGUGGAAAGCCAACUUUAUUUUUGGAGGUAUCAACGUCCUCCGAAAUUACACAGGUGUCGUAGCAUUCCUGGAGGAAGAUCACUACGUGACCCCGGAUUUUUUGUGGGUACUUAACCUCCUGGAGACAGCUAUGAUUAGAAACUCGUGUAAAGAAUGCAAUCUAAUUGCGUUGGGAACUUAUCUUAAGACGUGGAAUAUUAGAUCUGCUCAUAACCAGCUUCCUCUAAUCUUACGGCCGAUUUCAUACCUCUAUCCUAUCCACAUGGUUUCUACCUGGAUGAAACAUAACGCUGCACAGGGUGUGGUGACCAACUGGGUGACGGGAAAGCAUAACAUGGGGAUGGCCUUCAACCGCUCCAUGUGGGAGUCAGUGAGAGACUGCAGUAAAAAAUUUUGUAAUUACGAUGAUUACAAUUGGGACUGGACCUUACUCAGCGUAUCCGAUACUUGUUUAAAAUCACCUCUACAAGUUUAUUACCCGAAAGCACCUCGCAUCUUCCACAUUGGGGACUGUGGUGUCCACCAUAAAAAGGCCAACUGUGAUCCAGCGUCAUCCGCUCAAGCAAUAGACAAGGGAGUGAAGACACACCAAGCUCUAUUAUUUCCUGAUAAGUUAGGAGUACAAGUUAGUCAUGGGAAGAAGAUACGACUAAAGCAAGGAAAUGGAGGUUGGGGAGAUAUUCGGGAUCGACAACUGUGCCUCGCUUUCAGUACAAUUAAUAGUAGUAAACCUCUCGCUAUUCGAAUCUCUUGAUUCAAUUAAGAAAAAGUAAUAAUUCUAAUCAAGUCAACAACCACAACACUCAAGUCGAAUCUACAAUCUAACAAUAUGGAAAAAGAAGAAUACCUGAAAAUUUUCUAGUUGAAGAGAACGAAAGCGAACGCAAUUUAUAUAUCAAUCAGCAAAACUUUGGUUAAAAUUAUAUAAUUAUAUAUUGCAAAUAGUUACAAUUUUGUACCUUGCACUGAUUACUUUUACCUGCCAUGUAAAAUUUGAGUUAUGUGGUGCAAGCUGCAUAGUUAGUAGAAUGUUUUAUAUUUGAAAAUAGCACAUUAUUCUUCAGACUGUACUUGUUGAAGCUGACAGCAUUUAUUGAGUUAUCAUUAUUUUGUCUCUUGUUUCUACUUAUUGUGGUUCUUACGCAACUGUGUUCACAAAAUUCCUGUCUUUACUGACUGCAUUUCCUUUGUUAAUUUUUUAGCGAUGAACUGUAUACGAAAUUUUUAGGCCUGAUUUUUUCGUACUUGUGUGAUGUAAAACUUGUGUUUUUAUAACGAAUUUUCUUCGAUAUCUUAUCUCAGUGGUUUAUUUAUUGUUUGCCACAAAUUCUGCACUGAUUUACAUAUUCCAACAUUGAUUUGCCUGUGAUGAUACUCGAAAAUCAUUCAUAAUUUUGGAAUAUUAUUGCUAUGUGUAAAUUAAAAAAAAAUAAAUCAACCCAAAUCUCAUCCAGACUCUUUUACAACGUAUCGUAUAUUUUUUAGGUAGAAUUUUUUCUGUGUUAUAUUUGUAACCAAUGCGUGAUGUUUGUUAAUAUUUACUGCAAUAACUCGUUAGAUUUUGGUAAAUAUUUGCUACACAAUGCCAUUAAUGCGCUACUUCAAUUUAAAUGUUUUAAUCCACAAAGUCUAAUAAGUAAUAACAUGUAUACCGAAAUGUUCUAAUUUUUCAUAAAAUGAAACUAGUCAUUAAGAACAAGUGUUUAAUUAAAUAACGUUACAUGAUGUUUUGUUCUUGCAAUAACUAAAGGCGAAAAAAUAAAAUCAUGCCUCAACCGUAA